CUAUGAUGUAGCCUGCGGUCUAAAAGGCCGAUGCCGGUCCAAAUUCCAUUCCGAACUUGCAUCUCAACUCUCCCGAUUCGCACACCAAUUGCAGCUCAGAAUAAUGUCAGAAUCAGAGAAACCGAAGGUGGCGUUCUUGGGGCCAGAGGCCAGCUACACACAUCAGGCGACCCUCGACACCUUUUCGCCCACCCAAUACACCCUCACCCCCCAGCCCACCAUAGAAGAUGUCUUCACCGCGGUCCAAAACGGCACCGCGCACCGCGGCGUCGUGCCCUUUGAAAACAGCACCAACGGCUCCGUAGUCUUCACACUCGACCUCUUCGCCGACCCGCACAGCAAGCACCGCGACAUCCUCGUGUGCGGCGAAGCGUACGUGGGGGUAUCGCACUGCCUCUUGGGUCCCGCCAGCGCGUCUCCGCCCGACUACGCCCAGAUUACGAAACUCUACUCGCACCCCCAGGCCUGGGGCCAGUGCAACGCGUUUCUGCAGAAGCAUCUGAAGCACGCCGAGCGGUUUGAUGUGAGCUCGACGUCGCGCGCCGCGCAGAUUGUCGCUGCGGCGGGCGACUCCGGGGCCGCGGCCAUCAGCAGCAAGGUCGCGGGGACGCUGUUCGGGCUCGCUGUGCGCGCGGAGGCGAUCAACGACGCGGCGGGGAACCAGACGCGGUUUCUUGUGCUAAGGAGGCGCGAUGGACCCGCUCCUCCUGCUACACCGUCCGCGGAGGAGUCUAGCAGACUUGCACCCGCAGCCCCAGACGCAGACAGGGAAUUCAAAACGCUCCUUCUCUUCACGCUGCCCUAUGCCCCGCAGAACCCCAACCCGGGCGCGCUCGCGCAGUGUCUGUCUGUGUUUGGGCGUCACAAGCUCGAUCUGACGAGUAUUAAUACGCGGCCCAGUGGGGUGGCGAACUGGGAGUAUGUGUUCUUCAUUGAGUUCAGGGGGCGCAGGGAGGAGGGGGAGGGAGGUGAGGUGAAUGCGGCGUUGAGGGAGUUGGGGGAGGUGUCACCGUCCAGUACCAUGGCUCCGCGCAAACGCAGACAGCGAUCCUCACUACACAGCACAAGAGCCAAGCGCGCCAACCUCUCCCGAUCCCCACGGCCACAAUCGCAAUCGCCGCAGCCUCCAUCACAGCGACAAUCGCCAUGGUCAGAUGUACCCGGUUCAGCACCCACCAGCGGCAUCCAGACACCCGACGGCGUUCAACUUGCAGAUCGGGUACGCCGCGUGUCGCCCCCGCCCGGACUCUCGACGACAGUGACCACACGUCGGACAAGCUCGAGCGCGUCGCACAAGCAUGCAGGGCCCAGUCGGGGAGAUGCUUUUGGCGAAAUGGCGACUUCAAGCCCGUUCAUGGAGUGGCUCGAGAUGCACAUGGGCAGUUAUGACGUGAAGCGGAGAUUGAGUGAGCAGCUGCAGGAGGGAAUCGGGUCUGGGAAGGACGCUGCGGUGGGUGAUGUUGGGCAGUCUUCAGAGGCGCACAAUGACAGCACCAAGCAAGGAGAUCAAAGCCCAGUUCGUUAUGCGGAAGACGGUGUCUCGCCCACUCACGUGCUGGACGACGGGACGUACAUGAUGAGCGGCGCUCUGCCCAUUGGAACCGAACAGAAGAACAUCAAGUCAGCCAGCUCUUAG